UCGCGAUCGCAACGCUCAGGAUUCAAUUAGGCACCAUGUCCACCUCCGUGCAGGUGGAAACGGCGGCGGCAGAGCGUCGAUACGGCGGAGUGGGCCGUUGCAAGUGCUCCUUCUGGUUCGCCGUGGCCCACGACGUCCUGGGCGUACUCAUCGUGACGGCGGGGGUCUUCGGUGGCCUGGCCGUCCACGACCUUUUCAUCUACGCCGGCGGUAUCGUCAUUUUCCUCAGCCUCAUUUGGUGGGUCUUCUGGUACUCGGGCAACAUCGACGUGCCGCCGGAAGAGCUGGAGGACGACGUGGGCCUGGUCAAGCUCAAGAAUAAAGGAGCGAGGCGCGCGUCCGACCGGCUCUCCGGUGGGAUUCGGAACACUCUGAGAAAGAACCCCGCUACCGGAGCCCCGAAUCGUCACAGCGUGUCACUCUUCACCAUCUACGACGACGUCGUGGCCUCGUCGUCGUCGUCGAAGAAGAAGCUCACCAGAGAGACUCUGUCCAUAUAAACGCGUUGAGCCGGGCGGGAAGCAUGCGACCAUGAAGGCCGAGAUGUCAAAGCGGUUUCUGGAUGCGGAGCGGUGAACCCAGAAAUCCUGAAUCUCAAGACAUCCGUG